AUGCAAAGUUCAUCGAGAUCAAGGAUAUGCAGAAUUAGGGCACUUGCAAAGAAAAUAAAACCAAAGCGUUUUGCACCAGAUCAAGUGCGAAACUCAGAAAUCUCAAAAAGACAUCUUUUAGAAGAGGAAAAUGCUGCACUGGUUACUUAUGAUACUGUAAACUAUGUUAUAAGUACCGAUAACGAUAAUAAUAACAAUGGUACAUCAUUGUUACGAGUUGACUUUUCACCAGAACUGAAAGACGAUCUCCAAAUCUCGGACUUUGUAAACGAUAAUGAUGAUGAUUCCAUAAAAGAUUCAAACUAUGAAUCAGAUUUUACAGCAAGCAUUCAAAUACCAGACGUUGAAGUUGUAGACACUCAAGCAGCAAACUUACAAACAUCAGGACCUGAAGAACCAGAUACUCAACUAGCAGACACUAAAGCAGCAAACACUCAACCAGCAGACACCAAAAUUGCCAGCCCUAAAAAAAAAGAGGGAAAAAGCGAGUAG